AUGGAGUUGUUUAAAUUAAUGGCAACGGAACAAUUUGAUCCUGUACAGCAACCCACACACAAUGCAAUGGACUCUGAGGAUUUAGGUGAGUUUGAUAAACGUAUUCAGGCGUUAGCAUUUCGUUCUCUUUCAACAGAGAUUUUAUUUACAUCGAGAAAUCAACAUUGGCGUUUGAAUCGCUUGUUGGAUUGGUAUUAUAAUGAUUAUUUAUACAAAGCAAUAAGAUAUGUUUUGUAUCAUGAAAGUUAUACGUUGGGAAUUUUUACAGCUUUUUAUAAAAUAAUAUUGGUAGACAUUUCAAACAGGUACGCUCUAUAGUCGUCGAUUGGCUGUAUCUAUUAUCUUCAGUGGUGGUGAUAAUCGUGAAGUUGAGAAUGGGUGAGUAUCUUCAAAGUUUGUUUUCAAGACAACAUAAUCAAUUAACUUAUGGCGAACAACGUUAUGUUAAUCAACAUUAAAAGGAAAUUGUAAAACGUAUUACACAUGUUAUUGAUUGUGAGUCGUACACAGUGUCGAAGGAAUGUGUUUAUCUAUGUGAGGUUUCAGUGUAUAGGAUAUCCGAUAAUGUGACAUUUUCAUAUCAAAUCUAUAUGCCCAUGCUACCUUUCAAUGUGCAUAAUAAAAGUGUUCAAUAUCAAGUGAAAAAUAUUCAUGGUCUACCAGUAGUUGUUCAUACAAGACGUACAAAUGAUUUUUUGUUGUAUACUGAGGUGUGGGAAUUUUUAAGAAAUGAAUUUAUUGAAUCGGCUGAUUUGGUAGCAUACAAGGGUGGUACAAUUGAACGAAAUUUACUUCGACGAUUGGGCGCCAAGGGAAUUAACAUUGAAAUUUUAGGGUGUGAUAAGUAUGUCAACUUACUCGCCAAAUAUGGUAUUUUACCUGUACGUUGUCAGUAUCAUAAUCCUGGAGAUUAUCACUGUUCACGACAUGAGGUUGAGGUGUUUGCUCUUUUUUAA